GUCCGCCGCACAGCUCCGGCGCCCGUCGCCUCCCGCCCCAGCUUUCCUGAGGCGGCCGUACAAUCCUCGGCAGUGUCCUGAGACUGUAUGGUCAUCUCAGCCUCCGCGUCCUCCCGGCCCCGGACUCUGCCAACUCCCGUCGUUUGAGCCACUUCUUCUUUUUUGAAAACCCAGAAGAGUGACUCCUGACUCCUUUUCGAAGGAAAAGGGAACCUCGGCCCCCUUCUCGCUGCCCUUCUUUUGCGUGUGACAGCCUCCUCCCACUCCUUUCCCCGACCCCGCCUCCGCGUGCAGGUUCCUCCCCGUCACCUUUCUCCACCCCCCUCCCCCGCACCUAGCCAGCCGCCCGCAAACUUCCACCUGGCUGUGCGGGCGCUCGGGACCUGCGAGCACUCGGGACCUUUAACACGGGCGCGGGCCUCCGGGAGUGGGCUAGGGCCACAGCGAAGGUAGCGGCGGCAGCCCCCACCGGCCCUGGAGCUCAGGUGCUCGGCGUCUCAAAGGGCCCCCGCGACAAUGACAGCUGACAAGGAGAAAAAAAGGAGUAGCUCGGAGAGGAGGAAGGAGAAGUCCCGAGAUGCUGCCAGGUGCCGGCGGAGCAAGGAGACGGAGGUCUUCUACGAGCUGGCCCACGAGCUGCCCCUGCCUCACAGCGUGAGCUCCCACCUGGACAAGGCCUCCAUCAUGCGGCUGGCCAUCAGCUUCCUGCGUACACACAAGCUCCUGUCCUCAGUUUGCUCUGAAAGUGAGCCUGAAGCUGAGGCUGACCAGCAGAUGGACAACUUGUACCUGAAAGCCUUGGAGGGCUUCAUUGCCGUCGUGACCCAAGAUGGCGACAUGAUCUUUCUGUCAGAAAACAUCAGCAAGUUCAUGGGACUCACACAGGUGGAGCUAACAGGGCACAGUAUCUUUGACUUCACUCAUCCCUGUGACCACGAGGAGAUCCGUGAGAACCUGAGUCUCAAAAAUGGCUCUGGUUUUGGGAAGAAAAGCAAAGACAUGUCCACAGAGCGGGACUUCUUCAUGAGGAUGAAGUGCACAGUCACCAACAGAGGCCGCACCGUCAACCUCAAGUCAGCCACCUGGAAGGUCCUGCACUGCACGGGCCAGGUGAAGGUCUACAACAACUGCCCCCCUCACAGCAGUCUCUGCGGCUGCAAGGAGCCGCUGCUGUCCUGCCUCAUCAUCAUGUGUGAGCCCAUCCAGCACCCGUCCCACAUGGACAUUCCCCUGGACAGCAAGACCUUCCUGAGCCGCCACAGCAUGGACAUGAAGUUCACCUACUGUGACGACAGAAUCACAGAACUGGUUGGUUACCACCCUGAAGAGCUGCUUGGCCGCUCAGCCUACGAGUUCUACCAUGCACUGGACUCAGAGAACAUGACCAAAAGUCACCAGAACUUGUGCACCAAGGGUCAGGUGGUGAGUGGCCAGUACCGGAUGCUUGCAAAGCACGGGGGCUACGUGUGGCUGGAGACGCAGGGGACGGUCAUCUACAACCCUCGCAACCUGCAGCCCCAGUGCAUCAUGUGUGUGAACUACGUCCUGAGUGAGAUUGAGAAGAACGACGUGGUGUUCUCCAUGGACCAGACGGAGUCCCCGUUCAAGCCGCACCUGAUGACCAUGAACAGCAUCUUUGACAACAGCGGCAAGGUGGCUGCGUCUGAGAAGAGCAACUUCCUGUUCACCAAGCUGAAGGAGGAGCCCGAGGAGCUGGCGCAGCUCGCACCCACCGCAGGAGAUGCCAUCAUUUCUCUGGAUUUCGGGAGCCAGAACUUUGAGGAGUCCUCAGCCUACGGUAAGGCCAUCCUGCCACCAGGCCAGCAGUGGGCCGGAGAGCCCAGGAGCCACGGCGCCCACACUGAGGCCGGGAGCCUGCCCGCCUUCACCGUGCCCCAGGCAGCCGCCCCGGGGAGCACCACCCCCAGUGCCGCCAGCAGCAGCAGAAGCAGCAGUAGCUGCUCCACGCCCAGCAGCCCCGGAGACUAUUACACAUCUCUGGAUGACGAUCUGAAGAUUGAAGCGAUCGAAAAGCUCUUUGCCAUGGAUACAGAGGCGAAAGACCAGUGCAGCACCCAGCCGGACUUCAACGAGCUGGACCUGGAGACCCUGGCACCCUACAUCCCCAUGGACGGGGAGGACUUCCAGCUCAGUCCCAUCUGCCCCGAGGAGAGCCUCUUGCCGGAGACACCCCAGUCCACGCCCCAGCACUCCUUCAGUACCAUGUCGAACAUCUUCCAGCCACUGGCCCCGAUGGCCUCUCACAGCCCCUUCCUCCUGGACAAGUAUCAGCUGGAAAGCAAGAAGAUAGAGCCCGAGCAGCGGCCUGUGUCCUUCAUCUUCUUUGACGGUGGGAGCAAGGUGUCCCUGCCACAGUGCUGUGGCCAGACCUGCACCCCUCUCUCCUCCAUGGGGGGCAGAUCCAACACACAGUGGCCCCCUGAUCCGCCCUUACACAUGGGGCCCACGAAGUGGCCCGGCGAAGAUCCCGUGGAGUCCUUGGGGGCCUUGCCCUUGGGGCCCCCCGUCACUGCACCCCAUCUCUCCGUGUUCAAGAAGAGGUCUGCAAAGGGCUUCGGGCCUCAGGGCCCAGAUGUGAUGAGCCCGGCCAUGGUCGCCCUCUCCAACAAGCUGAAGCUGAAGCGACAGCUGGAAUACGAGGAGCAAGCCUUCCAAGACAUGAGUGGGGGGGAUCCGCCAGGCAGCAGCACUUCACACUUGAUGUGGAAAAGGAUGAAGAGUCUCCGGGGCAGUGGGAACUGCCCUCUGAUGCUGGACAGGCUGCCGAGCGCAGACGUCCCCAGUGAUGAGUUCAUCCGAAAUCCCAUGAGAGGCGGGAGCCAGCCCCUGAGACACUUAACACCGCCACAGCUGCCAUCUGCCGUGAGCCCCGGGGAGCCCGCCAAGAGUGGGUUCCCCCCGCAUUGUUACACCCCUCAGUACCAGGACUACGGCCUACCAGCGGCUCACAAGGUGUCAGGCAUGACAAGCCGGCUGCUCGGACCCUCGUUUGAGCCCUACUUGCUGCCGGAAUUGACCAGAUAUGACUGUGAGGUGAACGUUCCUGUCCCAGGAAGCUCCACGCUCCUCCAAGGAGGGGACCUCCUCAGAGCCCUGGACCAGGCCACCUGAGCCAGGGCCACCCACUGACAGGCACCCCCUUCCCAUGCCGUCCCACCAGCUUCACGGUCUCCGUCUGUUUUUUUGCAACUAGAUAUUUCUAACACCAACACACUUUUUACAAGAUAUACUUACCUGGCAAACUUGCCCAGGUCACCAAGUAGUGGCCUUUUUCUGAAGAUGCUCACUUUAUUAUUCAUAUUUUUAAAAUACAAUUGUUUUACCUGCUAUGUUUUGUUCUGUCAAUGGAAAUGUUCUUAAAUUUUAUAAGAUUGUUCUUUCCCCAACUUCAAUUACUUCUAAUUUAUAUUAUUCACGGGUCUUUCUCGCUCUCUCUCACACACACACACACACACACACACACACACACACACUAUUCAUACUAACAAGUUUGGUGUAUGUUUGUUUGUUCUCCUUUAGGGAAAGCUUUGGCUUCAUUUAACUAAAAGGAUUUUGUUGUUGUUGCCAAAGAGAAACAAAAUAAUUUUGCUCUCUCAGCUUGAUUUGUGGCCUCUCUCUCUCAGCCCUCCUCCUUUCUUUUGUAAAACUAAUCACUGUAUUGUAAAUUUCAGUCUUUUUUUUUUUUUAAGCCAACUCUUUGCUCUAAUUUUGAUACGAUUUUUUUGGGGGGAAAAAAAUGUGAAGGGUGAACUCCGUUGUAUGUGGUUAUCUGUGAAAGUUACACAGUAUGGCUUUUCCUAAACUGGUGUUUUUCCCCUGCAUUUGGUGGAGUUUUUUAAAUUAUUAUUCAAAAACAUAACUGAGUUUUUUAAAAAGAAAAUUUAUAUCUGGGUUAAGUGUUUAUCAUAUAUAUGGGUACUUUAUAAUAUCUAAAAACUUAGAAACGGAAAUGGAAUCCUGCUCACAAAAUCACUUUAAGAUCGUUUUUAAGCUGUUUGUUAAUCUUCUUUUUCAUGGUGUUGCUGACACUGCAGAAUUGUACAGAACUCCACGGGCCUGUACUAACCCUGCUCAAGGUCUCCCUCUCUGUUGCCUUUUUGCUUUCGGGACAUGCCAUAGGCGUGACACACAAUCCAGAAAGUGGAAUCAUUAUGUGGGAGCAUUGCCAGCUGCCUUCUCCUCAUGUUCUGUAUGUAUUCUGUAUGUACGUACGUAUUAUUAUUACUGCCAAGAGGGUCUGACGGCACGUCAGGGGUGGAGGCUAGGGACAAAUCUAAGGGAGGGGAAGCGCUUUAAACUCUUCUUCAGGUUUCAUUGCCAGCCCUUCAAGUGCACUGAGCUAUGUGACUCUAAUGGUCUUUCAUGGGGCACACUUGGAUAUUUCCAGAACUACCAUGAUGUAGUUUAGAUGGGAAUUCAUGAAAGAAAGUGAGGAUUUGGAAAUGGUAUAGGGACCCAGUCCACAUCCUCCCAGCUCACCACCUUGGAGCCCGUGGAGCUGGACUGAGGGGGGCACACAGGGGGGCUCCUGGUCCUGACCAGCCGCAUCUCAUGCCCCUUCCUCAGCCACACCAUCAGCUCGCCCUACACGGCCGAGGUGCAGCAGGCAGACCUCCGGGGACAGCCCCUGGCCCUCCUUGAGGUCUGUCUGUCCCCAGAAGUGACGUGUACAGGUAGGAAGCACUGAAAACAGUGUUCUCAGAGCGUCUCGUAACUCACCAGGUAAGAGGGACGAUGCCAUUUGUUUUCGAAAUAGCAAUCACGUGAAACUUUUCCGUCAUGGGUACAAUGAAGAAGUUUCUAGAAACACACAAAGCAAAACACAGCAAGCCAAGAAUUUGGUAAGGCUGGAUGGACUUACUGCCCCAAACAAAAUAAAAUUUAAAUCUCAAAAGAAAAAUUACCUAGUCACUGUGUUGCCAAAAAUGUUACUUGAGCACCACAGCCCUGCCUCACGUACGGCAGGCGGCAGAACUUGAAGGGUUACUGACAUGUAAGCGCUGGUGUUUGAUUUUCUCUGUGUGUUUGCCUCAGCAUGAAGGGCAUUUUACCCUUGCAGUUUUACUAAAACACUCUGAAAAAUAUUCCAAACUUCAUAUUAACUUUAUCUAUCAACAUAAUGAUUUCGUGAACAUUAUUAUAAAUGUCAAAUUCCUACUGACAACAUUAUUACUAUACGGGAGCUUAACUUUAUAAGGAAAUGUAUUUUGACACUCUGCUAUCUUAUUAAAGUAUUCUGAUCCUACCACUGCUGGUGGCUCUUGUUUCCUGUGGGUUUAUCAUGGGCUACACUGAUGUAAAGUGAAGUAUGUAUUUAUUAAACAGUUUACAGAAAACGAA